AAGAGAUUCAUAAAAUAAAAGGAUAUAAAAUAUGACAACAUAUACCUAAAAGGUGGUGGGGAGAGGAGUAAAGAAUGAGCUCAAGCUAACACAACCAUCAAACUGAUAUAGACAGAGGAUGCUAUACACAACCCUAAUGGUAACCAUAAAUCCAAAAUCAGUAAUAGAUACGCAAAGAAUAAAAAGAAAAGAAUCCCAAGUAUAUCACUAAAAAAAGCUGACUAAUCAUAAGAGAAGAGAGCCAGGGAAGAAAGGAAAAAAGAACUACAAAAACAACCAUGAAGCAAGUAACAAAAUGCCAAUAAAUACAUAUCUAUCAAUAAUUACUUUGAAUGUAAAUGCGCUAAAUGCUUCAUUCAAAAGACACAGGACAACAGAGUGGAUUAAAAAAAUAAUAACAAGACCCCCCAAAAAGACCCAUCUAUAUGCUGUGUACAAGAGACUCAUUUCAGACUGAAAGACAUCUGCAGAUUGAAAGUGAAGGGAUGGAGCCCCACCCAAUCAGAGGCACAGCAGGCUCAUGACUCCAGGCUUGGACGUCAGAGCUAAGAAGUGUUCAGAACCCAAGUCAUGGAUCCACUUAUGCGUAAAGAAAAUUCCAAAGUUAAACAACCUGUCAGCAAAGUUGAGAAGGCCAAGCAGAAAUCAGCCCAGCAGGAGCUGAAGCAAAGACAAAAAGCAGAGAUCUAUGACCUCAACAGAGUCAUGACAGAACCUGAGCAGCAAGAGUUCAAUGAGUUCUGUAAACAGAUGCAGGCGUCUGGAGAGUGAGCCACUCCUUGUUCAAACUAGAUGGGAUCCCAGAGGCUUUGUCUGUCAGCUUGUUACUAGUUUUAGGCUGAGAUGGUUCAUUUGGAACCGUACAAAACUAGACAGGAAGACAUUUGUGUUAUCCCUAAAACUGGAUAAAUCUGAACUUACUGCAUGUAACGUUGGCUUCACUGAUUCCUCCAGUCUGAAUUAUCCCAGUACUUACUGAAGAGACUUGUUUUAUUCUUCUUAGACAAUAGAUUUUUUAUGUUUCCAUUGUUUGAGAAAAAUCAGUGUUUCUUGUGAAACUGUAGAUCUUCUCCAAAAGUAUAAAUAAAAUACUAAUAAAAAAAAAAGUGAGGGCAUGGAGAAACAUUCAUUAUGCAAAUGGAUGCCAGAAGAAAGCUAGGAUAGCAAGUCUUAUAUUGGAACAAAUAGAUUGUAAAACAAUGAAUGUAACAAGAGACAAAAAAGGACACUAUUUAUUAAUAAAGGGGACAAUCUAAC